AUGCCCAGACCUCAAAGAAGGGCUGGGGCAGAACUCUGGUGCGGCUGGGGGACACACCGGUGCCCGGUGGGUUUGUGGCACCGCCAGCUUUGGGUGGUCGCCACAGUCCAUCCCGAUGUGCCCCCAAGCCUCUCUGUGCCCCCUGCAGAGGACCUGGGCAUGAGGCAUCGCCUGUGGGUGUACUCGGGCCGGAGGGGUGUCCACUGCUGGGUGUGUGAUGAUGCAGUGAGGAAAUGGUCCCCAGCACUGCGGGCGGCCACCGUGGAGUACCUGACCCUGGUGAAGGGCGGAGCAGACACGGUGAAGAAGGUGAACCUCUCCUACCCCGUGCACCCCUUCAUCAGGCGCUCGGUGGCCGUGGUGGAGAAGUACUUCGAGGAGUAUGCGCUGGUGGGGCAGGACAUCCUGGGCAGCCCCGAGAGCUGGGACAAGGUGCUGGCCCUGGUCCCGGAGGAGCACCGCGAGGCGCUGCAGGGCGAGUUCCCGCGCAGGAAGGACUCGGUGCAGCGCUGGGAGGUGCUGCGGGGCCGCAUGGAGAGGACGCGGGGCCGCGGGGCCGCCCCGUGCUACGCGGACUGGGAGAUCAUGCUGCAGUUCUGCUUCCCCCGCCUCGACAUCAACGUCAGCAAGGGCGUGGGGCACCUGCUCAAGAGCCCCUUCAGCGUCCACCCCAAAACGGGCCGCGUUUCGGUGCCGCUGGACCUGCAGACGCUGGACCAGUUUGACCCGUUUGCUGUCCCCACCAUCACCUCCCUGUGCCACGAGCUGGACACGGCUGGCAGCGAUGGGGAGCAGGAGGAUGUCGGGGAGACGGAGCCGAAGCGCCGGGCGAGGGACUACAAGAGGACGAGCCUGGCUCCCUACGUGAGGGUCUUCGAGCAGUUCGUGGAGGGCAUGGAGAGCGCCCGGCGGGGGGAGCGGCUGCGCCGGAGCGACAUUCAGGGAGACUUCUGAGCCCUCGCUGCCAGGGGUCCUGGAUGAAAGGACGGCGAGGGAGCGAUGGCCAUUGUCACCUCUGUGCUUGUCAUUGUCACCUUGGCUGCCCAGGGAGGUCCUGGUGCCUUGGAGCAGCCGAACUGCACCGGCUCCCUGUUCCUCACUCACAGCCCCUUACACUUUUUGUACUUUUUGUACCUUUUCUACACAAAAACCAUUAAAUGUUUCUGGUCACC